CUCUUAGUUAGAGCGAGUUGUGCAAUGGCAUUGUUUUGACUUUUGCUUUCGUCUUAUUCUUUCCCACCUUCCGUUUUGGAUAUUCCCACUGUCGCCUUUUCAGCUUUGGUGAUCGCUUUUCUGUCUUAUUCAUUUUAUUAUCUAUUUAUUCUUCUAUUGGCGGACUUAUUUUCUUCUUGUCUGUGCUGGGAUGGAUCGAUUGUCCUGUUAUUUCUUUUUCUCCAUCCGCACCAUUGGCGUUUCUAACUUCAUUUCUUUCCGAGACCAAGCGGUCAGGACUUUUGUCUCUUUAAGUCAAUUUUUUUCACGGCAUCCCAUGUGGGACCACCACACUCAUUGUGUUUCCUUGUUGUGGCACAUAUAUUUCCUUUUGUCUAUAGUUUUGAGUGGGGCUGCUUUGAGAGCUGCUGUAGUCCAGGAUAUUCUGAAUUGGACAAUGUCUACCAUUCGGUAGAUUGAUUGAAUUCAAAUUGUUUAUACAAGAAAUA